UCUACUUCCGCCGCGGCUGUAGAUUCCGGACACAUUUAAUUGGUGCACAUUGUGAAAGACAUAAACCGUCAGCGGUGAUUUCCUCUUUGGAAAGAGUUCAUUAAGACAAAACAUAUCCUAAAAAGAGACUAGUGUUUUCCAGACGCGUGGUGUAAGCAAUGGCUGGACCUGUCAGUUUGGAGUUGGACCCCAUAUUUCUAAAGGCUCUGGGUUAUUUACACUCCAAGACCAAAGAUUCAGCUGAGAAACUAAAAGCUCUGCUUGAUGAGUCUCUUGCAAGAGGAAGUGACUCCUCCUACCGCUCUUUACAAAAAGACUUGGAGAUGCCAAAAGGUUCUGCAUCCAAACUGAGUAAACAAGACUCAAAGUCUUUAAGCACUCCAUCUUCCAGCAGCAGUGGAAGUUCCAAAUCCAGUUCAGAGAAGAACAAGAAAGAAGCAGAGAAGAGGCCAUUGGAGAAGGUGAGGGUGGAGUUGUCUGAAGUGGAUCCCCCGAAAAAGUCCCGCUUGGAGAAACCGGACAAUCGUUCAUCCCCUAUUACUGUUCAGACGAGCAAGGACCUCAUGCCCAACUUAAAUGACUAUGAUGAGACUAAUGCUGACGACUUUGCCAUGGAAAUGGGGCUGGCUUGUGUGGUUUGCAGACAAAUGACGGUGAGCAUGGGAAACCAGUUAGUGGAGUGUCAGGAGUGUCAUAAUCUGUACCACCAGGACUGCCACAAGCCCCAAGUGACAGACAAAGAAGUCAACGACCCCCGCCUUGUGUGGUACUGUGCCCGUUGUACCAGGCAAAUGAAGCGCAUGGCCCAGAAACCUCCACAAAAACCGUCUCCUGCAUCCGCAUCAUCGGCGCCUGUGGUGAAAGACCCGCUGGUGAAGAAACCUGAGGGCAAGCUUAAGAUUGACACCGCCAACACUUUCCAAGCCUUCAAAAGGACGGAGGUUAAGCCUCCUGCCACAUUGGCGAGUUCCACCAUUUCAACAUCCUCCUCCUCCAGCAGCGGUUUGACAGGUUGGGCUGCAUUUGGCGCCAAAACAAGUCCAUCUCUUCCCGCUAGCUCCAAACUAGCUUCCUCUGGCGCGAGCGGGAGCAGCAAGACCCUGACAGCUCCUAGUCAGAAACCUGUUGGGUUGUCGGGGCUCGCUGGGGCCAAGUCGGGACUUGCGGGAGGAAAAGUCGUCGGAGGCAACAAUGGAAACGGUUCCAGCCAGGUAACACUCAAGCCUCCUCCACCUCUGACUUUGGGGAAGCAGCCGGUCAGUCGCUCGUCGAGCACAGAAAGCCCGGGGAAGGUGUCCUCCCCGUCUGGGGCAGGCUCUCCGAGCAGCGCCCAAACAGGGCCCAGUGGAAGCAAUAACGGAGGAGGUAAUGGAAACAAUGGUAACGGACAAAAAGGCGCUUCGGGAGACAAAGCUCCAACCUCUCAAGAAUCCCAACUAAACGCCAUGAAACGGCUGCACAUGGUUAAGAAGAAAGCAGCGCAGAAAAAAAUGAAGAAAUAAGUGGAGGCAAAGAGAACAGAUAAAAAAAAAAGUACAGGAUAUGAGCGAAUUCAGUGCCAGAACUUUGCAAAUCCUUGAGUAGCUGCACAUGGACCAACAUCAUCCAUACUUGAAACUAACGUUAAAUAAAAACUUUAACUCAUUAUCUAAUCUGAUCCAUAGAAAUGCUACUUUUUACCAAUAGUGUCAUUAAAGUACUGGUUCUUUAAAAAUG